CUCGCGUUUUCGCCGGAUAGCACGCUGCUCGCCGUCGCCGGCGCGGAUCGGCUCGUGCACGUGUACGCGAACGUGGACGGGAAGUUUACGUCGAUAACCACGUGCGCGGGGCACUCGACGACGAUUAACUCCUUGGACUGGUCGAGAGACGCGCGGAUCCUUCGCAGCACGUGCCAAAACAUGGAGUCGCUGUGUUGGAACGUCCCUAGCGGGAAGCCUCGCGGCGCGGACGUGCGCGACGUUCGAUGGCACACGCACACCGCGCUCGUAGGUUUCCCGGUCAUGGGGAUGUGGGAGGACGGGCACGGCGCCGCGAGCGACAUCAACACCGCGGAUCGAUCGCGCGGGGGCGCGCACCUCGCCACCGGGGACGACCGCGGCGACGUGCGGUUGUUGCACUAUCCGUGCGUCGCGAAGGGCGCGCCGUGUCGGCGGCACUCGCGGGCGCACAGUAGCCACGUCAGCGCGGUGCGGUUCUCCGCGGACGACGCGUGGCUCGCGUCCACGGGGAGCGUGGACAGGGCGCUGUUGGUGUGGAAA